AUGGGAGGACUAAAAUUAUCGGGUAAACGCAGCAGCAGGACAGAUAUCCCGCAAGAGAUCAUCUUGGAGAUCAUGUAUCGUCUUCCGGCCUCAUCUGUUGGUCGAUUCAGGAGCCUUUCAAAGGAGUGGCGGUCUCUACUUUCCAAACCCUCAUUCAUAAAAACACAUCAAGUUAUAAAUACCCUCAACCGAAAUCACCUCAUCCUCGUCUUCGAACCCAUUGCUGCAUCAACUGCUUCACUCUCUUUACUCCCGUUUUGUGAGAACCAGCAUAUAGAAAACGCAAGACCACCAAAGAACUAUGUGCUUUUUACUGACGAUGAAUUGGAUGUCAUAGGAUGUUGCAAUGGCCUUGUUUUGUUGUCUGCAUUUUCCGUUAGUGAUUAUGAUGGUGCAUUCUUUAACCAUCACCUCAUUGUUUUAAACCCAACUAGUAAAGAGUUUCUGGAAUUACGAUCUCCCAAUUGCUGUUUUGAUCCGGACGGUCCUCGUAUUAAUCAGUUUGAAGAAUACUUACUGUAUGGAUUCAAUUAUGAUUCUUUUACCGAUGAUUACAAGGUUGUUACCAUUUUUAAUUACAACCUUUAUAAUGUGCCUGUUUAUAAUUUGACAAGGUUGUUACCAUUUUUAAUUACAACCUUUAUAAGACUUGGAGGCAUGUGA